AUGAAGUCCCUUCGUCCUCACCUUAUCACCGGCAACCGCAAUGCUUUGCGGGCAACAACGGCCGACCUGCUCUGGACGCCGACCACCGCCAUCCCAGCCCCAACGCUCCGUAGGCUAAGCAUGGGGCCUUGGAAUGGGGCUGCAUACAGUCCUCAGGGACGCUGUUCACGAAGAUCACAGAUCUGUCCGCGUACAUCUCCCGUUCGUCAAGCCCAGACGCCCCGGGGCGUCAGCAGAGCUCAGGCCCCAUACAGCACCGAAGCUGCUCCUGUCGCUGGGAAGCCGGUCGUUCACGACGCGUUUGAAAGCCAAACGGGCACAUGGCAGUAUGUGGUCGCGGAUCCGUCGACAUCCGCCGCGGUUAUCAUUGACCCGGUGUUGGACUACGAUCCGGCCACCCAGGUCGUCGCCACGCACUCGGCCGACUCGCUACUCGCAUUGGUCAAGGAAAAGGGCUACAGGGUCGACAUGAUCCUCGAGACGCAUGCUCAUGCGGACCAUUUGACUUCAUCGUCGUACCUUCAGAGCCGCCUCGCCCAGGAACAAGGCCAGAAACCCGCCAUCGGCAUUGGGAAGCGCAUCGGGCAGGUGCAAAAAGUCUUUGGCCAGAGAUACGGGAUCCCGGCAGAGGAAUACGUUGGCGUCUUUGACAAGCUCUUUGACGAUGAAGAGGUAUUUGACGUUGGUACAAUUCGAGCCACCGCGAUGCACCUUCCCGGGCACACACCAGACCAUUUAGGAUACAGGAUCGGAGACAAUGUAUUCUGUGGCGACUCCCUCUUCCACCCAGACAUCGGCACGGCACGCUGCGAUUUCCCCGGCGGCAGUGCAAGGGAUCUCUUCAUCUCUGGCCGCAAGCUCCUCAGCCUCCCCGGACAUGUAAAGAUCUGGACGGGCCAUGACUAUCCUCCGGACGGACGUGAUGCUCCUGUUCCCUGGAUGACGGUCCAGGACCACAGGAUACUGAACAAAUUUCUCAAAGAUAACGUCGGCGAGGAGGAGUUUGUGGCUCUACGGAAGGAACGCGACUCGCAGCUCGGAGAGCCGAGAUUGCUUCAUCAGUCCCUGCAGGUGAAUAUCCGCGCUGGAAGGCUUCCUAAGCCGACGGAGGGGGGCUUCCGAUUUCUUCAUCUUCCGUUGAAGUUGAAGGGGGUGAAAUGGUAG